GGUCCAUGAGCACAACCCCCCCCCCCACCUUUACGGUUCAUUUCCCCUGUCGGCCUUGAAGAUAAGGAGAGAACACAUGUUUGGCCGUAGGCGGGUUAGAACUGGCUCAGCAUUUCGGGCUUAUGUUUACUGUGUGUUAGAAGCUUGGACAUUCCCUGUGAACGAGUUUAUGUACUACAGUGAAACGGUGAAAUGUGUUGGAAGUGCCUUGAAAUAUUUAACAUAUUUGUGUAGUGUAUUUCUGAACUGCGGGGACCAUCUGUUAAGCAUAACUUUGAGUGAGGUAACAAAUAUUGUAAUAUUGACUAUGCAAACUGGAUCUCAAGGCUGAAGAUAAGAAGGGAAGAAGAUUAUCAGUAUGGGAGCAGUGGACAAGGAAGGUCGCAAGCUGGUGGCUCCCGAUGGGGGGUGGGGGUGGAUGGUCGUCGUCGGAGUUAUGUUGGUCAACCUCUCAACACGUUCCAUUGAGCCUUCAUUUGGGCUGUUGUUUGGAGACAAACUCCGGGACAUGGGAGUGGCAACUACAGGAGCUUCAAUCAUUAUAAGCGCCUUAGAUGCAACAAUCAACUUCUCUGGUCUGUUUGUAGGCCCUCUCAUCCGGAAGUAUUCAUACCGCAAGGUGGCUCUUAUUGGCUCUGUACUGAGUGCAGUGGGGCUAAUAACCACCUUCCCUGCAGAAAGCAUGACCCACAUUCUUUCAACAUACAGUAUUAUGGGAGGUUUAGGAAUUGGUUUCACGUUGUCAUCUACAUUUGUAGCAUUGAAUCAUUACUUCAGCAAGAAACGGGGUCAGGCCAUUGGUUUGUCCAUGGUAGGUACUGCAUUGGGCAUGAUGGCAAUGCCUCAAGCAGUACAUUUGUUGCUAGAGGAAUACAACUUCCAUGGAUCUCUCCUCAUUCUGGGAGGUAUUGCCCUCCAUGCCCUUGUAGGUUCGAUGUUGCUACAGCCUGUUGAAUGGCAUGUCCGACCAGAAGAACUCAAGAAGAAUGAAAAUGAGCAACUUGAAAAUAUGGGUAAAAAACAGGAAAAUGAACCUGAAGUACAGUCCCUGCUGCUGGAAAAUCCCCAGACUUCAGUCACAGCCAUCUCUGCCUUGGAUGAUAUAGACAAACAGGAUCCAAUUGGCAGCAAAUGUACUGAACACGUCCCCCACACUGUAUCCAAUAGAGGUGUGUCAGUUCACAAGUGGAGUCAGUCAGUUAUGUCCAAGAUCUCCAGGAUGGACUUCACUGGAAGCUGUCAUACUCAUACGCAUGUGAGAAGUCAUGGUGAAGAUGGCCAUCUUGGAGGUCUGAUUAUGAAAAGAUUACGAAGAAAACAUAGGUCAGCUGUAAGUGAUGAUAUAUGUAAGAACUUAAGGACGUCUGAGAAACAGAGUGAUAAAAUUGAUUCAGGUGUGUCAGCAUCUCCCAACCACAUCCCAUACUGGAAACGAGUUGUACAUUUCAUGGACUUGGACUUACUGAAAGAUCUCAUCUACCUCAAUAUUCUGUUUGGACUCUCAAUAUUCUAUGUCGCUGAAUUGAAUUUUAGGAUGAUAGUUCCUUUCUUCUUAAAUGACUUGGGAUAUACAAAGCAAGACACAGCUUUCUUCCUGUCCAUGACUGCUGUGUCAGAUAUCUUGGCACGUGCUGUACUGCCACCUAUCUGUGAUAGAGUGAAGAUAAGGAGGAGGACACUCUUUGCAAUAGCUUCCAUCUUCCUAGGCCUCUCCAGAUCAGUUCUUGCAGAACAGACAGAAUAUACAGCGUUGAUGGUAACUAUAGUGAUAAGUGGAUUCUUCAGAGGAGCCACACUCAUCAAUUUUGCACUCACUAUAUCUGAACACUGUAGCCUGGAGAAGUUGCCUGCAGCAUUUGGACUCCAUAUGGUGGCCAAGGGGCUGUUCAUCGCAGCAUUGGGCCCUGUUGGAGGUGUAAUUCGAGAUGUGUCUGGAAGCUUCCCACUUUGUAUCCACUCCCAGACACUGAUGAUCUUCAUAUGUCUAGUAGCCUGGGGUAUAGAAUACUUGGUCACAAUGACAUCUUCCAGUAGCAAGCAAGAUAAUACAGAUAAUACGUAACAUUUGUCAUUAAUGCACCACAAUUUGCAAUGAUAGUAGCACUGUUUUGAAGGAUCAAAUAGUGCCAAGUGAGUAAUAAAAUGUACUAAGUGUAUUAGUAUGGAAAAUUACAAGUAUUAAAUCUGAACAAUGGAAUCCAUAACAUGGAGCAAUCACUGUAUUGUGAAUAAUGUUAUAAGUUGAAUGGGCAGCAAAGGUUCAGAAUGGUUAGUGUCCCUUACUCAUAGAUUCAAUUGCAGUUACAUAAAACAUAUACCUAAUGAUUCCCAAAGCCAUGGUACUACUCAUUAAGAAUCCAGUUACUGCCAAUAAUAGGUUUCCAAAUCCCUAAAUCAGGCUGCAACCUAUGGGUGUUGACGUUUAAAUUGAAGAAUGUAACAGAAGCUUUGAAGUGCAUAGUGUAAACAAAACUCACAUUUAAAUUUGGUAAUGUAUUUUGUAAAAUAUUGUUUCAUGUCCAAAGGGUGGGGUUUUACCCUCCCUUCAGGAUCAAAUACACAAGGCUGUGCUGACAAUGACUGUGUUAAAACUGGCAAAUUUCCACACAAAGGGCCCUAAACGUUUCAGAAAGCUGGUGCAUGGCCGAGGAGCUAUUUGUUAAUCCUGAGAACACAGAACUUGUGACAUUCACCAAGAGAAAAAAAUGGUAUGGUUCACAGAACUUGUUUUGCUAGAUAGGGUAAUAUGUCUUACUGGGCUGGUUAAGUACCUGAGGGCAAUCCUGAAUGCUAAGCUGACUUGGGGGAAGGAUUAUUAAAACUUACUGUUUCUUCCAGUUACAUCAUUGGCCCCUCAGCAAGGUCUAUAAUGAGGCUAGGGCCCUUGCUUACAGACUGAGGGGUGUAAGUUUGUGGUUGAUUAGGGAUUGGGCAUGAGACAUACUUGAACCUUGCCAAGCUAAUGGAAUUAGAUCUUCUUUUUCAGGUGGAUCAAAAUAAAAUGAUACCAGUGAUUGCCUUAGGUACUUUCUUUAAAAUGGAGAUCUUGUUAUCAGAGCAUUUGCUAUCUGCUUGGCCCAGUCCCCUUCAAUCUGGUAUACAAACAGAUCUAGGAUGGCUGGUGGGUUUGGGUAAAAUGUAUGUUGGACAAGAACUGUGGAGGAGGCUCUUAUGAAGCAGUUAAGAGCUUUUCAUUGAAGGGUCUCCUGAAGAACUGUCUAGGGACAUAUUAGCCUUAGAUAGGCAGCAGUAUAGACUGAUGACAGGGCUGCUUACUGGCCACUGCACAUUGAAACAGCACCUAAAUAUCAUGGGACCUUUGGGAAGUUCCAUGUAUAGGAAUUGUUGGCAGGGUGAGGAAUCCUCUUAUUAUUUACGUAGGCAGUACCCAGCUGUCAAUAAGAUUGUAACAGACCUAAUGAGCUUCAUGGUUAGGUCUGACAGAUGUCAGUAAGGCCUCAAUCAGGACACUUCUGGUUCUAACAUUGUCUCAGGGCUCUUUGUAGAGCUGUAUCAAGCUCAAGUGAACAAAACAGAUUUUGUAGUGGACUGAGUGCUUGAUAUGACUGUAAGUAGUUGUUCCCUUUAUGUCAGUAGACUAAAAUACUCUUUCACAGUAAACACCGGCCAUAAAGGAAAUAAAAAAAAAAAAACAUAACAUUUGCUAAGUAGUAAAAUUCUGUUGCUGAAAGUAUCUGAUUCCAACAACAUAUAUUUUACAAAGUCUACAGGUCGAUCUAGGGUUUUCAAGAUACUGUAUUUUCUAGAUCAUUAUUAUACUGAAAAGUCAGAACACUGUAAUUUGUCUAAGUUUGCCACCUGACAAGCACACCUGUAUAUGGCACUGCUGACUUUAUUUUUUAUUUUGCUUAACAUAGGGUAGUGGUCAAAAUAGAUAUAUAAUCGAUGGGUGGUAAUCAGUGUGAUCAUAAGAUUAUAAUAUCACAGAAUAGUUAUAUAUAUAAUGAGACCAAUGUACUGGUGCUUGCGUAUUGACAACUUGUCUUUUACCAUUAUUACUCUUAGAGAGGUGUUUUCUUCCUCAAGUUCCAAGGGACGGCAAUCUUUUAUGACUGCUGAGUUGGGGUUCCCUGCUGCUGAAGUGCUGGUGAUGAAAGGUCAAGUCUCAUAGGGGGCAAUGUGGCUGGCUUCUCAGGAUCUGCAGAAAUGCCAAGAGCUUGUGGAAGACCCUUCCCAGAUGCUGUGGCUUCAUUUUCCACCGUUAUUCUCUCAUCUGGCGACAAGUACGCAAAUGGUGAUCUCACCAUAGCGCUAAUUGAUAAGGUUGUUCUGAUGGUCAGAUAAGUAGUCACAACCUUAUCAAUAUGACCACCUGCUGAAGUCUCUUGGCCCCCCUCUAUUGUUUUUCAUAGAGGGGUUUUCAUACUUGGCAGCUGCGUAAGCAGCAUUUGCAAGCAUGCCGAGAUUGUUCUGAUUGAGCACUGCGCUGUCCAUCCGUGACUUCAGGAUCUUUACGUACAUCCUAUCCGUUUCUGGCACAGAGGAGAGAUAGGCUAGCGCUAAGUUGAAUCUUGCCAUGUUGUCACGGACUACUCUUAUGCGCAGAAUCUCGGGAUACUUUGUCAACACAAAGUAGACGAUCAGCAGGAGGUGGUUCAUUUCGACCCCCCUAAGCAGCUGCAAGACAGUAGUGAAUAUUUGGGUAGUUAUAUUCAGUUUGCUUGCGGCUGCCCUCAAACACACAUGAAACAGCCGGGUACGUAGGGGUUGGUUUGCACUGAGGAAGGUGUUCAAUGAGGCCAACACCCUUUGCAGAGGGGAUGAUCUUAGCACCCAGAUAAAUUCGUCCUCGGCAAUACAUAGGACCCCUCUGAAUGUGCGAAGGCGAUUAUUUACCCAUCCCUCAUACCCUGUUGUAGUGACGGACUUCCCGAUGAGGAGGAGAAGAAGACCCAACAGACCUAGCUGCUGAGAUCGGUCAUGGGCAAACAGCUGUUGCCCUUGGUGAGAAAAGAGCCUUAGUACAUUAAGGGCCUCAGGGGUUGCGAAAUCUUCUAGAUUUGCCCUGGUAAUAUUUCGCCAUUGUGGGUCGAUAUUGGCGUAAUUGAGGGCUUCCGUCAACUGCCCUUGCCCCUCCACCAUAUCUGAUUGUAGUAGACAAUUCACAUAACUGAUCAAACCAGCUACUAGAUCUCGGGUUGUUGGUAUCACGCCUGCAUCUGGGUAAAAAUUCCUCAACGACCAUAAGAUGGUGAUAGAGUACUCCUGAUAAUGUAGUAGUCCAGUCGGACACCCAAUUUGUGCAACCUGACGGUUUGGUACAAGUGGAUCGAUGGUGAUUGCCGAUACAGGGAAAGCUUGAGCAGCAUCCAGCAAUGCCAGGGUCCCAGCUGCAGGAUGAAGGAGUAACCCAUCUAUAUGGUUGGCUCAUACUAUUUAGCAGUAACCACAGUGCUCUCGGGAAGACUAAUGAACAAACUGCAAGAUAGAACAGAAUAGUUAAUAGCUUGUUUCUAGGUAUUACGUUAGUUAGAGAUUAUUGGAGAUUAUUAAAAUUGUACAGAAGAGGACUUGUUCACCAAUUGAUUUUGGGAGCUUAUAUUUUUCAAUCAACAGAUAAUGGAGUUGGAAAGAAUUCACAUCUGUUGCCAAAUGAGGGCUAAUUUUCCAAGAGUAAUGGGUAAUGUUAAGGGGUCUUUCAAUUCAGGUAGGGAUUGUUGAUGUCUGGAUUUUUAGCAUGUCAGGCGGGGAACAGUCGGCUGGCUCUGAGAAUGUAUGUGGGAUCUGGUUGGGUGGGGUGGAUUCCGGGUUUUCUUUUUGUGAGGUUUUAGUGAUUCACUCGUGUUAUACUAAUAUCAGGUAACCCCCUUAGUUUUUUUUCCUUUCUUAACAAGCUUGAAGGAGAUCGAGUAGGAUAAUGAUGUUGAUGAUGAGUUUUUCCAUUAAUCUCUUUGGUUCGGUGGUAUCAGGAAUUUUAGCCAAUGACUAUAACUCCUCUCUACUGUCUUUAAGAGUGUACAAAAUAUAAUGAUUAAGAGGUAGCACAGAGGAGUGUAACAGAUAUCAACCUCUAAUAACACCCAUAAAUAUUCACUAGCUACUUAGCUUUCAUGUGAUAAUAAUAGGUGGUACAAUAUUCUUUUUGAUAAGUCUAUUGCACUAAACAUCACACAGUUGUGUCACCUCAAUAGGUCUCGAUUAUCGGGCGUGAAUGGUGUUGUGUUAGAUGGAAUUGGCUUAUUUGUCCUCUUUCUGGUGUCUAUCCCAUUCACCCCUUAUUCUGGCACUUAAGGAUAUGGAUCUUCAUCUGAUUUGGUGAGAAUCACGUGUUGUUAGAGGUGAGAAGUUGGAGGGAAUCUGUGGUACGGGAAUCCCAGCCUUUUGACAAAUCUUAUGCAGCAUGAGUGUAUUCUGAGUCACCUGCCUCCUUGUUUCAAAUAACUGUCCAAUCAUCACAUCCAUCAUUCUAGCUAACUGACUGUUAUUUGUCUUGGUAUAGUCAUGCAUACACUGGCAUCUGAACCCCUGAAAACACCCAUCGUUGUAAAAGGCACAAAACUCCUUGCACAUUUUGUCCAACACCUCCUGUGUGGUAGCUCUGUGUGUGGAUCGAAAUCUCCGUGAGGAGCCGUAUCUUUGCCGAGACUCUGUCUGUCGGUUGAGAAUGUAUAGUUUAUGUUCUACUGGAAACAGAAGGAGUACGUGAUCUGCUUGAUCGAGCGCUCCUUGAGGGUUUCUCAUGUGAAGAAUCUUUAUGACCGGGUAUAGUCCUAUCUUUGGUACUUGAUCUGGUCUGUCUCCUAUGUGUAGGCUGUGUGUGCUCUCUUUGGGGGCCUCAUCUGGUUCUUCGAUCCAUUUUAUUAAAGAGUGAGUUGACAAUUCUCAGUCUAAAGGAGGCUUAGUAAAUUCGCAGUAGGAUAGAACUAAUAGAUAGAAUAGAUAGGAUAGAACUUAGCCCCAUAAUAAAAGUUUCGAGGCGUCACAUAUUGUGACAUGGGAUACAAUGUGAACAGGCCCCCCCCUUCUCCAAGUAACCAUGCUUUGAGAGUGUUUAUGGAGGGGCCAAACAGAACAGAACUUCUUCUGAAGGCACAAAAGUAAUAAUCAAAUUACGUCAGUAUGUAAAGAAACAAUUGCAGGCUUUGCAGAAACUUACAUUGUCACCUUACCUUCAACAAAACUAAAUGCUUUGAUCUUUUCAGUAUUGGGUCAUGCCAAGUUGUUUGAUGUUAACUUUGAGUAAGUUUAUUGAGAAGAAAGGGGAAGGAAAAUAAAGGCUAUAACCUUUUCAUGGCGAGCCAGGAUAGCCCAGUCAAUAUAAUGAUUAGACUGUAGAUUGGAUGACCAAGGUUCAAUCCUUGAUAGGGGAAGAGAUUUUUCUGUCUACCAACACGUUCAAUGCCUAGAUUGGGCAGCAGUUUCUCUUUCUGCAACAUGUUGACACUGGCUCUGGGGAUCAUCCACCCUCCUGUUCAGUGGGUCCUGGGUGCUAGGUACCAAGGGUAAAAGCAACUGGAAUGUCAAGAUGACCACUCAGCUCCAGUUAGUGCUAAGGUUAAGAAUAUGUGAAGCUAUACCUGCACAACCCCACACAUCUUCAUAAUGUAGUGCCUGAUCAAGCACAGGACACCUUUUCAAGGUUGCAUGUCAUUUGCCAUCUCCAGUUUCAUGCAUAAGAAUUUACUGUGAAGAUACAUUGAAUGGUUUCAAAUGGCAUGGCCCAGAGGUUGUAAAAUGGUUGUCUACUUAUAUAUAGUCUUUGAAUUUGAUCAUCUAGUAUGUAAGAGUUAUGUUUGUAUUUUUCACAUUAAAAUACUAAAAUUCAUAGUUCCAGAAUCUGCUGUGGAGUACACAUAAUAAAAUGAAUGGAUAUCAGCUUGUGAAACACAAUGAGACUUUGAUAAUGUUAUCUUGAAACUAUCAUAUCUUUAUAAUUUGUGCUCAUUUCACGUGAUUUUAUGAUAUAUACAUACUCUAGAGCAGGGCUUUCCAACUUGAAGUCACUGAGGGGCAGUAUUGUGCUUUAGGCACCUACAUGCAGGCUGUAUAAAAGAAAAAAUUUCCGGUAAAAUCGAUGACUGCUUUUAAAGUGGUUGGUGAAGCAAUACAACCACACCAAUUGUGUAAUGAGGGUGUCAAAAAUGCUGCCACUUUGAUGGUGCUUAAUAAUUGACUGCCAAAGGUUUUAUAGCUUCUGUUUAUACUGCAUAUGAUCAUGGAGUCAUUACUAAUUUCAUAAUUUGCUAAGUUAUUUAUUGUGCGUUGUGUGAAACCAUUAAGAAAAUUACAAUAUUUAGUAAGUACUUUUGGUGAAAUAUUUGGCAGGAUUCACUGUUUCUUUUAAAGAGGAGUGAAGUGUUAACUUGUAAUUUGGGGAAUAGAGGAAUACUGUCGUGGACCACACAGAACCAGUUGGUGGGCUGCAAAUUGGGUAGCUCUGCUCAAGGCCUCAGGAAUGUAAAAUAUAUGCCUCAUUUCUGUUUUACCAUUUUUUAUAUGCAAACAGAUUUAUUUUAUUUAUUAAAUGGAUUUUGUUUUCAGUUUCCAGUUAACUCUUUGAAGCCUGAGAUUCAUGCAAAUAACAUUCAAAACUUGGUGAAUGUUGUCAGAAAAAUAAUUGUUGUUUACUCCAAGAGUCAUAUCAGACAAUACAGUGUGGUCAAAAUCCAGAAUUUUGAAUGGUAAAACAGGCGAGACAUAGUGAUUACUGUGACUUACUCGUUUGAAGCAUGAAAUUGAUUGAAAUUAUAGCCUAUUAAGGAAUGCAGUUUGUACCUCACAGAAAGUUCACUUUGUCUCCAUCACAAAGGCAAACUGGUCAAUGCUGUUGAGAGAAAUAAACUCAGAUUAUGCAGAGAA